AUGACACCCACCUCCCACUCAGUUGAAAUCCCGGAUUGGCUCGAAGGGAGAGAGGGCGGAGUCGGCGCGAACUCAAAACCGAGUGUGAGCGGCGCCCGCAGCUCAGAGUUCGUCUGCCGGCGGCCGCGCUGGGCGAGCUGGGCGCAAGUGAUCGGGGCGUGGAGGUCGCAGGGGGCGGGCGGCAGUUGCCCAGCCGGGAUAAAGACGCGAAUUCGGAGGGCCCCCGCCCCGCAGGGCCCGCUCGGAGAGCGCCGUCCCAGGUCGGGGCCUUCUCAGAUCCGGGAACGGGUCGUGGCAGUUAGUUCUCAGUCACUGACAACAGCAGACAUUUCAGAGGGAUCAUCCCGUGAGAAUUACGUAGGCCUCGUUAGCACAGAUAUCCAGUUAGCAGGACUAGCUAUGAAUUCUGAGCAACGUGACUUGACAGAGCAAGAGCCCAAAAGAUAUUUGGCACCUCGUUUUUACCCUUCUGAGAGGAAAGAAAAAAUGGAUACUGUGGACAUAAGGUUUGUCAACGAUUUUGAAGAAAUACAACCAAUUGGCUUAGGUGGAUUUGGUCACGUUUUCAAAGCAAAACACAGAAUUGAUGGAAAGAUUUAUGCUAUUAAGCGUAUUAAAUAUUUUGAUGAGAGGGUGAAGCGUGAGGUGAGCACACUGGCAGAACUCAAUCAUGUGAAUAUUGUUCGCUACUUUGCUUGUUGGGAAGGAAUUGAUUACGAUCCUGAGGACAGCAUAUACGGAGCAAGAUUACAGGUUAGGUGCCUUUUCAUCCAAAUGCAAUUCUGUGAUAGUGGGUCAUUGGAUCAAUGGAUCUGUAACAGAAGAGGCAAGACACCAGACAAAGCUUUGGGUCUGGAAUUCUUUGAACAAAUAACAAGAGGAGUGGAGUAUAUUCAUUCAAACAACUUAAUUCAUAGAGAUCUUAAGCCAAGUAAUAUAUUUUUAGUAGAUGAAAAACAAAUAAAGAUUGGAGACUUUGGACUAGUAACAUACCUGGAACAUGAUGGAAUGCGAACACAUGGUAUGGGAACUUUUCAAUACAUGAGUCCAGAGCAGAUUUCUUCCCAAGAAUAUGGAAAGGAAGUGGACAUCUAUGCUUUGGGACUGAUUCUUGCUGAACUUCUUUACAUAUCUGACACUGAUGUGGAAACAUUGAUGAUUUUCAAUGAUCUAAGGAAUGGCAACUUCUCAGAUAUAUUUGAUAGCACAGAGAAAGCUCUUCUACAGAAAUUACUCUCAAGGAAACCUGAGGACCGACCUAACACAUCUGAGAUACUGAGCACCUUGGCUCUGUGGAACAAUAGCCCAGAAACAUAUGAGAUGAGCUCAUGUCCCUUCUGAAAAAGUAUCCUGCUUCUGACACAUGCCUUUUCUUUAAUUACAUAAAAUCUUCUAUGGAAUAUCAGAAAGUAUUUACAUUAUCCCUUUAAUUUUUUCUACAUUUGCAGGAAGGUUUUCAUCUUUUUACUUCAUGAACAUUCCUAUAUUUGAGUUUUCCCUGGCCCACUUCUUCAUUCUAAAGAUAAUCAGAAGCACUCCAAGUUUCUUCUCUAUGCUAUUAUUGAAUCAAUCAAGUAGUCAAUUAUUAAAUGUCUACUGUUUCUAGGCCAAAAACAAUAAGCUCUUUCUCUGCCUUAAAUAGUUUAUAAGUCAGUAGAGAAAUAUGGUAACACACUCUUGAUUCCUGAAACACCGCUUCUCAACUGAUCCAUCAGGACCUUGGCAAAUUUCAAAUAGGACAUAGGUUUUUCUUUCUCUCUCUCUCUUUUUUUUUUUUAUGCUUAGUACAGUACAUAGGAGUUAAUAAAACAUAUUUCUAGUCAUCAUAAGAAUAAUUUCCUCUAACAUUUUAAAGAUUUUCACAAAACAUUGAUUUGUACAAUCCACACUGUGCAUAUUUGUAAAAUAAUUUAGAAUCAUUUGGACUUUUUGACUGAUACAAUAUUUUCACCAUGCAAUGGUCUUGUAGAUUUCAUUCCUACAUGAUUCUAAGUGCUGAGAAUUGUAACAAUCCUUUUGUCCUUCCACACAUGAACUGUAAGAUUAUUUUUCCUAUCUGCUAUUUACUUCAUUAAAAACUGGCUUUUUGAUGUGUGUAAA